ACAGAAAACGAACCCCAACACCUACAACCGUUCAAAACGAACUCAACACUUUCGCUUUCACUCUAAAAAAAAUCUCUGCUUUUCUUCUGCUCUGUGGGUUACAGCAACUUGAUACUCUUAUCUCGAGACUUGGAAUCUCGAGAUGGAAGGAGUGGGCUCCACCAGGCUUGGCCGAGCUUCAGCUCGUUACGGUGGUUCGACGGCGGUGUUCAAUGGUCCGGUGAGGAAGUGGAAGAAGAAGUGGGUUCACGUUUCGCCUUCAUCCACCGCUAAACACUCCCAGUCCACUGGGCACGGUUCCGCCGCUUCCAGCAUCCUACUCUGUAGGUGGACCCCACUUUCCUUUGCUAAUUCCGGGUCCUCCGCCGUCGACGGCGAGGACGAGGAGCAGCCCCCAAAGCGCAAGUUCCGCUAUACCCCUGUUGCCGUGUUAGAGGAUGAGCGUAAAAAGGCGGCUGCGAAACAGGUUGAAAAUGAAGCUAAGACAGAUGGUAAUAAGACCGAGCAAUCCACAGAGUGGUUGUCUUCUAAGACCAAUAUCGUGUUAAACAUGAAUGCUCUUUUAAAGAAAGAAACUCAGGAUCCGAACAUGAGUAAUUUGGACUUAGGUUUGUGUUUGAAAGGCCAUGAUGGCAGCCGCAAUUCUGUAGGCGAGAGUGUCGAUCGGGAGAAGGCAGCAAGCUCGAUGGGAUUUUGGGCAGUCGGUUGAUGUGUAAGUAG